CCGUCUCCAGGAGACGCCCACCAGGUUCUGUGGCUCCUGGGGAGUCACGGAAUUCCUCGCCGGGUUCUGAGGUUCUGGGGCUGUCACUGUGGGUGUUGGGGUCUCUAAUCUCCAGCUCCACGUCUCAGGGCAGAGAGGGGGACUGGAAGACAGACUUCAGGCAGGUGUGGGCGAGUCCGAGGGACGGGAGCAGAACCUCACACCCAGAGCUUCCUUGAGGAGACCUCUGAGUGAGAGAGGCUCCCUAGAGCGACAUGGACACCGGAGUUCACCAGGCCCGACCGAAAGGGCAGCGGAGGAGACAGCCCCACACCACGGUGCAGAGGCUCCUGAGCUGGGCGCUGCCCACCUGCUGUAGCCGAUUCCUGUGGCGCCAGCCCGGCGAGUUUCCGGUCACCGCUGUCCUGCUGGGGGCAGGCGCUGGCGGGCUCCUGGCCAUAGGUCUCUUUCAGCUCCUGGUGAGCCCUAUGAACCUCUACGAAGAACAGAAGACGAUGAUACUGUACGGCCUGGCGGGCUCCGGGGCCGUGGGCUGGGGGACCUCCCCUCAUAUCCGUUGUGCCAGCCUCCUGCUAAUCCCCAAAAUGCUGGGCAAAGAGGGCAGGCUCUUUGCGUUGGGCUACGCCUUGGCCGCCAUCUAUGAGGGACCCGUGGCCAACCUGCGAUACAACCUCAACGAGGUGGUAGCCUCGCUGGGCUGCACCGUGGAGCUGCAGAUCAACAACACCCGCGCGGCCUGGCGCGUCUCCACUGCCCCGCUGCGUGCCGUGUUCCAGGACCUGCUGGGCAGCAAAACGUCACUGACAGCCGAGACUCAAAACAUCUCCAAGUCCUUCGGGGACCUGGACGCCCAGGUGAACAGCGAGACUGGCUACACACCCGAGGAUGCCACGGGCUUGGAAGAGACCGCCCAAGGGCAGAGGACCCGCCGCGCCAUGGCCUCCAGACCCCACCUCUCCACACAGAAGAUGUACGAGCUGAAGACCAAGCUUCGCUGCUCCUACGUGGUGAGCAAGGCCAUACUCAACUGCCGCCGCUGGUUUGACAAAAAGCACGAACAGUGCAUGCGACGCAUCCGGGUCCCGCUCCUCAGCCACCUGCUCUGCCUGCCCAUGAAGUUCAAGUUCUUCUGUGGCAUUGCCAAGGCGAUGGAAAUUUGGUGCCGCAGUCGCAUCCCAGUGGAAGGCAACUUCGGGCAGACGUACGACUCUGUCAACCAGUCCAUUCAUGGGCUGGGCGGGGACUUUUCAGCCACGAUUAACCUCAAGGAGGAGAAGCAGGCCGGGCUGCUGGGCCUCAACACCAGCUGGGAGCACGUGAGCACCGAGGUGCGGGACUACGUGAGGCGCCAGGAGGCCCAGCUGGAGUGGGCCCUGGGGCUGCUGCACCUGCUGCUGUCCUGCACCUUCCUGAUCGUCCUCCACGCGUCCUUCUCCUACGUGGACAGCUAUAACGGGGACAUUCGCUUUGACAACAUCUACGUCAGCACCUACUUCUGCCAGAUCGACGAACGCAGGAAGAAGCUGGGCAAACGGACUCUGCUGCCGCUCCGCAAAGCUGAGAAGAAGACGGUCAUCUUCCCCUACGACCCCACCAUCCAGGCCUCAGAAAUGAGAAAUGUGGUCAGGGAGCUGCUGGAGACACUGCCGGUUCUGCUGCUGCUCCUGGUGCUGUGUGGGCUGGACUGGGCUCUCUACUCCAUCUUCGACACCAUCCGCCGCCACUCCUUCCUGCAGUACUCCUUCCGCAGCAGUCAUAAACUGGAGGUGAAAGUUGGGGGGGACUCCCUGAUUGCCCGGCUUCUUCGGAAAACCAUCGGGGCCCUGAACACCUCCUCGGAGACGGUGGUGGAAUCAAACAACAUGCGCUUUCGGCUACCGGCUCCGGAGGGUCAUCGCAGCCUUCUACUUCCCCAAGGUGCACCCUGGCCUCUCCCCGGACCUCCCCACCCCUCCGGGCAGCGCUCACACACACACACACACACACCAGCCGCCAGCAGCUCCCCCUGCGCUGGCCCUGACCCUCUUCUCCUGGCCCAGCGAGAGAAGAAGCGGAUCCUGUUCUUCUACAACGAGCUCCUGAGGAAAAGAGCGGCCUUCACCAAACUGAGGAGGGCGGCCAUCGUGAGGCAGGCGCGGGAGCAGAGAGGCCGACGCCACGACCUGGCGGACAUCCUGCACCGCCGCUGCCCCUUCCUGCGCCCCUGGCUGCGCCGGCGCUGUGUGGUGUGCCAGGCCCCGGAGACGCCCGAGUCCUACGUGUGCCCGACUCCGGACUGCGAGGCUGUGUACUGCCGGUCUUGCUGGGACGACAUGCGGCAGCGCUGCCCGGUCUGCACACCCCGGGAGGAGCUCUCCUCCUCCGCCUACAGCGACAGCAACGAUGACGCUACCUAUGCGGAGUGAAGGGGGUCCUGCGCGCUCCCACUUCGCCCUUCCUAAUUAAUAAAAUGCCGUGCACACGCCCGC